AUGACAGCUAUCCUUCUGGGGAUUGCUCAGCUCGGGCUUGUCCUCGGCCCAUUGAUUGGAGGGGCGCUAACGGAAUAUGUAUCAUGGCGAUGGUGCUUCUACAUCAAUCUUCCAAUUGGCGGCGCCGUUGCUGUUGUCUUGUUUUUCGUCAACAUCCCAGAACUUACGGUUGCCAGCAACCAUCUAUCAGUCCUCCGAAUCGUGCGAGAAAAGCUGGAUCUGAUUGGAUUCUUUAUUUUCGCUCCGGCCAUGAUUCAGCUCCUUCUGGCGCUUGAUUAUGGUGGAAACCAAUAUGCGUGGAAUAGUGCGACAGUCAUUGGCCUAUUUUGUGGCUCAGGUAUGAUGUUUCUCUUGUUUUUGGCAUGGGAGUACCGCACUGGUACAGAGGCUAUGUUCCCUCUCCAUAUGUCUGUUUUUGUUGUCUCUUUCUUUUUUUUCGCCGGGGGUAUGACUGCCUGUGCAACAUAUUAUCUUCCUCUUUACUUUCAAGUGGUGAAAGGAGCGUCCCCAAUGAUGAGUGGUGUUUAUAUGCUCCCCAACAUCAUCAGUCAGUUGAUUCUUGUCAUUUCCGCUGGUCUCCUAGUAGGAAAAGUCGGCUACUAUCUUCCGUUUAGCGUUACUAGCGGAGGGUUAUCAGCUAUUGGAAACGGGUUGAUAUCUCUCUUCUCAUCAUCGACUACAACAGGAACAUGGAUUGGAUACCAGAUCCUCAUCGGAGCUGCACGGGGCCUUGGCACUCAAGCGCCGAUUGUUGCAGUCCAAAAUAUCCUUCCGGGAGCCCAAAUUUCUGUUGCUCUGUCUCUGCUUUUUUUUAGCCAAACUCUGGGUCAGGCAAUUUUCCUCACCUUGGCCCAAGUCAUCUUCAUCAGCAGCUUGAAGUCUGGCCUUGCGAAAUAUGCUCCAUCUGUAGAUUCUGAAGCCGUGGUUGCUGUUGGGGCUACAGGAAUUCGCGAUGUGGUUUCAAAGGGUACGUUGAAAGGGGUGUUGAUGGCGUAUAGUCAGGGGAUAGAUCAUGUCUUCUAUCUGGCGGCUGGUAUAGCUGUCGGCAGUUUCUUUGUGGCAUGGGGGAUGGGAUGGAAAGAUAUAAGAAAGCGACAAGUCAUAUGA